GAUAGAGGCUCUCAAAGGCCUUAAACCCCCGCCCAUGCUCCUCCACCGAAAAAACAAAACAGGCUUGCGAGAUCCUGCAGCGUCCGAAGACACCACUGAGCGGAACGCCACCCUCGGUCUGGGUUUGGGAGAGAGCGCACCGGACAGAGGAAAUGGUUCAACGCGGGCUGAGCUGGAAGGGGUUCUCUGCUUGUCCAGCCGCCGCCUUCGUGUCGCUGCCACCCCGGCUGCGCAGUGUUUUGGGGGUGGCGGCAGCGAGGCCGAGCAGGGGAUGCGCUUACAUAACCGCUCGCCCGGUCCUGCUGCCUGUCGCUCCGGGGAGCCGCAGGCGGGGCACUCCGUGGGACCGCGAUGCUGCCGGGAGGAGCGCGGCGGGGCCCCGGCCAGCCCCGCAGGCGGAGGAGAGCGAACAGCGGCGGGAGGAGGGCGCCGGCGGCGGGGGAGGUGAAGGCCGGCCUACCACUCCUCCUGCUAUGAUGCCUGGGCAGAUCCCGGACCCUUCAGUGACCGCAGGCUCUCUGCCAGGGCUUGGCCCCCUCACUGGACUUCCCAGCUCUGCUCUGACCACAGAGGAGCUGAAAUACGCUGACAUCCGCAACAUCGGGGCCAUGAUUGCGCCCUUGCACUUCCUGGAGGUGAAACUGGGCAAGAGGCCCCAACCCGUGAAGAGUGAGCUAGACGAGGAAGAAGAGCGAAGGAAAAGGCGCCGAGAGAAGAACAAAGUCGCUGCAGCCAGAUGCCGGAACAAGAAGAAGGAACGCACGGAGUUUCUGCAAAGGGAGUCGGAGCGGCUGGAGCUCAUGAACGCCGAGCUGAAGACGCAGAUAGAGGAGCUGAAGCUGGAGAGGCAGCAGCUUAUCCUGAUGCUCAACCGACACCGCCCCACUUGCAUUGUGCGCACGGACAGUGUCAGGACUCCCGAGUCUGAAGGCAACCCGCUGCUAGAGCAGCUGGACCGGAAGUGACUGAAGACCCGGAGGAGGCAUCAGAAGAAGAGGAGGGAGAGGAGCAGCGAAGGCGACAGGGGAGCGAGCGAGGGCCCCUCCUGCGCACAGGACAAACUCCAUGAUGAGGCUUAGCAGAACUGGCCUCCAGCCGGCUCUUUUUUAAAACUCAGCCCAGCCACACGUGAGCGGACUUGACGAAACCGGAGGGACCAAGCUCUGAGACCAAAGUUGACCCGCAGGUAGGGGCUAGCCCCACUCCAGGGCCCAGCUUGAAGGGUACCUGAGCCGGAGAAAUGCCCAACCAGGUAGCCUUCUCAGGCACUCUUCGGGCCUCUCUGCCACGACCCCCACCCAAGGGACUACCAGGAAACCAAGAAAAGCCAUGUGUCGCAAACACAGUGUGGCCGAGGAUGGAACUCAGCGUGGACUGCAGUCCACCUUCCCCAGCCCUGCCCAAGCCCGCUGGAAAGGGGUGCACUGUGGGCCUGUGUCGGCCCUGCCCAGGUGGCGCAGCCUGGUGGCCCUGCUGGAAUUUGCUGUGGCACUGAGGCGCGGGCGCCCUUCCAAAGCACACACUCAAUCAAUGAAUGUUUACAGACUGGCUGUCCUGGCGGGCCUUCCAACUGCACACUUGUUUUUUUUUAUACUUUCUUUUUUUUUUUUUUUUUUUAAAUAUUUUUUACAAAAAAAAGAUUUUAUACGAGCAAUAUAUAUAUAUGGAUUUCUAUAAUCACUUGAUGUGACACAGUACAAAUAUGCUAUGGUCUAUUGUUACAGACAUCCACCCACCAGUUACGGCCGUUGUAAUUCCUAAGUACUGUAGGCUCUGGGUGUUGGGGGGUGGCCAGGCGGGUGGGGUACAUUUCCAUCCUUGUUAAACCCUUCCUAGUACUCAGUCCUGUAUCGCUCAGUAAACAUUGCUCUUAAUUACCCAGCUGCCUCGAGUGGUAUCUGCCCAGGGAGAGGGCAUGCCCAGGGCAGGAGUUGUUUG